UGCAGAGUAGCACGUCUCACCGUCGUUCAGGAGCAGGACACGAUGGCGCAGGCGGGCCAGGCCAAUGUCUUCGACGCAAACAACUCUCAGAUACACGUGGAGCACGACAAGAAGCGUCGGCAGUUUGUUAUCAGGCUAAACGGGUCUCAUGAUCGAGCAGUUCUUCUGUACGAAUAUGUCGGGAAGAAGACGGUGGACCUGCAACACACUGAAGUUCCAGAUGCUUACAGAGGUAGAGGAAUUGCAAAGCACCUUGCCAAGGCAGCCAUGGAUUUUGUGGUUGAAGAGGAUCUGAAAGCUCACUUGACCUGCUGGUACAUUCAGAAAUACGUCAAAGAGAAUCCUCAGCCUCAGUACUUUGAACAUAUUUAUCAAUGACGAUACAUGGCUUCGACAGAGUGGAGAAGGAGAAAGAGACUCCCAGGGAAUAAAUACUGUGUGGCAUCACGCUUUGGAGUUACAGGCUGACAUACAACAAAGGACCCUCCAGGCUUUGUUAAACAUGACAUUGAGUGACUCCAGAGACGACUGAUCUCGUGGCACAGACGUCUGUGAGCUGAACGUUGGGUCAAUGGGUCGGUAACACGGGGUUACACCAGAAACAGGAAGUGAAUCAGCUGGUCAUUACUCGUAACGACAUGAGCAAAUCAACUAACCCAAGCUAAAGCCUGUUACCUCAGGCUGAAACAUUCAGGAUGCAUACUCAAAGGUCAGGCCUCUGAUGAGAACAGAUGCGAGUCAAAUCUUAUGUUGCAAAUUUCCUGUCCUCCUUUCGGACCCGUUGGAUGUGAGCAGUGCUACUAGAUGACCGACCCAGGUGUCUUUCUCCAGGAUGGUGAUGGCGAUGGUGGCGUUUCUGAUUACUUUUAUAUUUCGACCCCCUUCUGAUAUUCUUUGGCUUUAUUAUUGUUCUAUUUGCUUUCUCCUCCUUUCCUAGAAAUAGUUUUCUUGAGGCUGAAAUGCUAAUAACUCAAAAGAGUUUUUUUCUAGGUAAUUGUGGAAUAUAGGUAUAGGCAUUAUUUUGGUGGGUACUGGGUCAUUUAAGAGAUAAAAUAUCUCAAUUUGGUGCCAUUGUUACUAUAUCCACUCCUACUCAAGUUACAUAAAUGUACUGGUCAUUUUUGGAGUCAUCAAUUAAUCAGUAAAAGAUGCAGGGAUUUGUAAACCAAAGAAUACAAACUGAGGAUGUCAAACUUUGAAGACAAAGCUCAUCAUUUUCUCCAUUGCACAUGUUAAAAAUAACAGACGCACUUGAUAAAUUGGGUCUGAAGUUCGUCACUGUCUGUUACAACACUUAAGUGUGGAUAUCGAUAAAUAUAUCUCUGCUCAAACCAGCAUUUCAAAAACAGCACUGUUAUAUUCAGGGCAUUCACAUUGUAGGGUGUCUAUUGUCUUUUGUUCUGUCUCACAGUAAAAUGACACUGGAUGGCCGAUGCUUGUUUUUUCUUGUCAUUAGAUCUGUUUUUUUGUUAUUUUUCUCGUACCCACAUUGCUGCUUUUACCAGCUGAUGUAAAAAUGAUAAAGGUCAUCAUGGAAGAAAAGUUUUACUGAAAAAACAAAACCCAGCGGUCUCCCUUUUACGGCUCUUCAGGAGCUUUUGCUGUUGACAAUCUUAAGUGUUGAGGAGAAAAAUACCUCAGGUUUCUCAACACUGACAAGACACACAACAUUCAAAGCAGACUCUCUUUAUCCGCUUUAAUCACUUGGAGUUAAUUGCAGGAAACCACUUUUCCUUGGUAAAACGUUCCUUUAGGUGACACAAACCUAUUUAUAGACCAAGAUAUCCAAUGUAUUAUUUCAUUUUUGUGUUUAUGUUUAUAUUUGUGUAAACAAAUGUCUUGACAGUUUUGAGCAGGUGGCUCUACCAAAAUGUACCAAUUUUGUUAUACUGUUUUGUGCUUUUGACUUUAUUCCAUUCUUGUUGUCUAUGAAUAAAUAAAACAAUACUCAUCACA